AUGAACAACUACUCGCAGGACUACGGAAACUACUUCGAAGAGGAACAGCAGAACUUUCUUCUAGGCGACGGCUACUAUCAUGAAGAGCAGCGUGGAGUACCUGGCAGUUCCGGUAUGAAUAACGCGCAUGAAGACUACGACAUGUACGACGACGUUGACGAGCUUUUGAACGACAUCGGUCGCGAGAUCGUCUCCGUCCCCACCCGACCGGAGUCACCGUGA